CCGAGUCGCUCGGGUCUCGGGCGAAUCAGUGCGCGUUUCCCUCUGCCAUUUGCGCGUCGGUACGCGGCAGCGGUGUUACCGGAAUCUCUCGGACGUGUGCUUACCGGUGCGUAGAAGACGCGUAGUCGCCGUGUCGGUUGAGGAGGUGUGCUCACACGAGUUCGGUGCUGCAUUUCGGUGCGUGCAUUUGUCAGGAUCAAGCCGAUCGGUAUGGCGGACACAGAGGCCAAGGAAACCAAAGUCACUACCCCUCAGAAGAAGGUGGUAGAGGAGGAGAAGGUAGUGGUGCCGGAGGAGGUCGACGAGGAGGACUCGAAAGCAUCUGAGAAUGGGGAUACGAAGGAAACCAAAGAGAAUGGUUCGAGCGAGGAGAAGGAGGUCGACGAGAAGGAAGCAGAAUCCACGGAAAAUGGAGACUCCACAGAUGCUCCCGUCGACAGCUUGAACUCGACCUGCGUGAAGAGGAAAUCGACGGCUGCAGCCGACGCAGCGGAGGACGCGCAGGACGGCGCGAGUCCCGAGAAGAAGUCGAGACUCGAGGAGAAGUGUGCCGAAGCCGAGAACAACGGCGACGCGGAAGAGGCCACGGCCUAAUAUUCUCUUACGUUUAUUACUGACAGACCUAAUCUAUAGACGCAAUUUUAACUACCAAGUGUGAAGCCAGGGCAGAUAGAUCGUCCGUGCAUUUUCGAGACGGACGGCGAGCGUAAGAGGGGGGGAAAAAAAACAAAAAGAGAAAAGAAAACCAAGGGAAAAAAAGGAACAUUUGACGUUUAUUGCACCAAGAAGUUUUUCGUGUUCAGGAUGACCGUGUGUGUCUCUCUCUCUUCUCUCUCUUUCACAGUAUUUUUUACAAUAAUUGAUAAUUGGCAACAGCGACACGCGUCCAUUUUGCCGUAGUUUUGCAAUUACAGUUGCGACUGACGAUUAAAACGUAAAAGAAACGAACGAACCGUGUUCUCUGUACUGGCAUCCACACGUGCAUACAUAUUAUAUAUUCACUACUUAGCGUUAGAGUUCUAAGGUAAGAAAAUAUAACGAUAACGUUUUUAGAAAUAAUAUAUAUAUUUCUAAUUUCAUCAAGACAAGAAAAAAAACACGAUGCGGUGCGGUGUCUGGAAAAUGGGUACAGUUGCGCAACACAAAUAUUUCCACCUAUUGCUAGUCCUCAUUGUUUCCGACGCACGGACACAUUGUAGCUUAUACAUUGUAGACACAUACACACACCUUGGACUAUAUAUGCAUCGGAGAUAUAGAAUACAGAUAUUUUUCUGCGAAUCAAAAUACAUUCCCGAAAAUAGAUUGUGACUUGUAACUUUAUGACUGUUCGCCGAUGAGAAAUUGUUGAAUCGAGAGCGCCAUUUCCUACAGCUGACAUUGACCAUGUAUAUUUCCAAAUUUAUUUAUGUCUCUACUCUGGCAAAAAAAGAAGGGAAAAAACGUUUAGGCUUUAGUAAAUUAUAUAACGUGCUGAAUUCUAUUAACAUACAUACGAUAUGUUUAUGCGAGAAAUAAUUUUUUUUCUUUUUCUUUUAAGAGAAAGCGCGCGGGAAAACGCGUGUCAAGUACAAAACGGAUCCACGAUACGAUUUUUCGUUAAACCGGUUGUCGUGGUCUUUUUAAAGAUCAGAGUAAAUAUAUUCCUUUUUUUUUAUUUUAACUGUACGAGGCGCGGUAUAUGUAUGUGUAAGUUCUCUUAUCUCGGUUUUCACGCAUAUGUAUGUAUAGAAACGCUGACGAGUGAACAAAACUGUUUUGGUUUUUGAACUUUGCUAAUGACACUAGAAAAAAUGCGAUAGAAAAUGCUGGUUGAUAAAACGCUGCAAUUGAUACAAAGCCGAAAAUUCAUCGCGACUUUUUUGCGAUUGAUUCGUGUAACGUAAUCCGGAUUAACUACUAAUUUGCAUGUUACCCAAAACACUGUUAGGUGGUUAUCGGAUAAGUAAUCGCUCUUCUUGAUCGCGUUUGUAACGCGCGUUAGCUUCAAAAGUUCCGACAACUUGUACUUGCCGCGGGAGUAUCUCAGUUAUAUGUGGUUCACAUGGUUUUUCUCAACGUCCGUUUACUUUGCUUUGUAUGUUAUGAGUAUAAUUGUCGAUCAGCGAAGGUAAUAUAACAUGUAUGUUUAAGAUUUCAAAUGGUAAAAUGUGUUCAACAGCUAAUACAAAUAAAGAUGGUUCUCUAUAA